UCCUCUCGGCGGUCGCUCUGCCUCUCUGCCGGCCUGGGGGAGCCCGGGCUCGGCUCUUCACGAACGGCUAUCGGAUUCCAGCUCACUUCCCAUUCAGUCGCAGAUUCCAGACAGCACAGCGACGACUGUACUCCAGUGAACCCAAAGAUGGAGGAGGAGGAGCUGGUGGAGGAAGAUCAGGAGGGAAUAGAGGAGGAGGAGGGAGGAGGAAAAGACUGGUGGAGCCGACUGCAGAAGGGGGACUUCCCGUGGGAUGAGAAGGAUUUCCGUUACAUGGCGAUAACCGCGGCCGGUGUCAGUUCAUUUCUACUCUACAUGUUCUUCAGAGACAGUGGCAGAGAGAUCAGCUGGAAGGAUUUUGUCCAUCGAUUCCUUGGCAGAGGCCUGGUGGACCGGUUAGAGGUCAUCAACAAACAGUAUGUCAAAGUCAUCCUGGUGCCGGGAGCUGAUGAUGAUGCGAGCCACGUUUGGUUCAACAUCGGCAGCGUUGACACGUUUGAGAGGAACCUUGAGGUGGCGCACGCAGAGCUCGGCCUGGAGCCGUCCCACCGAGCCACCGUAGUCUACAGCACUGAGAGCGAUGGCUCUUUUAUGAUGAGCAUGCUCCCCACCCUGCUGCUGAUUGGUUUCCUGUUGUUCACUCUGCGUCGAGGACCAAUGGGAGGAGGCGCUGGUGGCGGGAGGGGCGGGCCCUUCAGCAUGAGUGAGUCAACAGCCAAAAUGAUGAAGGACAGCAUUGACGUGAAGUUUAAGGAUGUGGCCGGCUGCGAGGAGGCCAAACUGGAGAUCCUGGAGUUUGUCAACUUCCUGAAAAACCCACAGCAGUACCUGGACCUUGGAGCCAAGAUCCCCAAGGGGGCUGUGCUAUCUGGUCCUCCUGGGACGGGGAAGACUCUGCUGGCCAAAGCCACAGCUGGAGAAGCCAACGUUCCCUUCAUCACUGUCAACGGCUCUGAGUUCCUGGAGAUGUUUGUGGGCGUCGGUCCAGCCAGGGUGAGGGACAUGUUUGCCAUGGCGAGGAAGAACGCCCCCUGCAUCCUCUUCAUCGAUGAGAUCGAUGCUGUUGGGAGAAAGAGAGGAGGAGGGAACUUUGGUGGUCAGAGUGAACAGGAGAACACUCUGAACCAGCUGCUGGUGGAGAUGGACGGUUUCAACACAUCUACUAAUGUAGUGGUCCUGGCUGGAACCAACAGACCUGACAUCCUGGAUCCUGCUCUGAUGAGACCGGGGCGCUUCGACAGACAGAUCUACAUAGGUCCUCCAGACAUCAAGGGGAGGGCAUCCAUCUUUAAAGUUCAUCUUCAACCAAUCAAACUGGACCCAACGAUGGACAAAAACCAUCUUGCCAGGAAGAUGGCUGCUGCAACACCAGGAUUCACUGGAGCUGACAUCGCUAAUGUCUGCAAUGAGGCGGCUCUGAUUGCCGCCAGAUACCUGAGCCCAUCCGUCAACGGCAAACACUUUGAACAGGCCAUCGACCGAGUCAUCGGAGGUCUGGAAAAGAAGACUCAGGUCCUACAGCCCGCAGAGAAGAAAACUGUGGCAUAUCACGAGGCCGGCCAUGCCAUCGUGGGCUGGUUCCUGCAACACGCCGACCCACUGCUGAAGGUGUCGAUUAUUCCGCGGGGGAAGGGUCUGGGUUACGCUCAGUACCUGCCCAGGGAGCAGUACCUGUACAGCAAAGAGCAGCUCUUCGACAGGAUGUGCAUGAUGCUGGGAGGCCGCGUUGCCGAGCAGGUGUUCUUCGGCCGGAUCACCACCGGCGCUCAGGAUGACCUGAAGAAAAUCACACAGUCUGCCUACGCCCAGGUGGUGCAGUUUGGGAUGAGCGAGAAGGUGGGGCAGGUGUCAUUCGAUCUGCCCCGGCAGGGUGAGAUGGUCCUGGAGAAGCCGUACAGCGAGGCAACAGCCGAGCUGAUCGAUCAGGAGGUUAGAGAGCUGGUGGAUCGAGCUUACGAGCGCACGAUGCAGCUCAUUCUGGAAAAGAAGGAUCUGGUAGAGCUGGUGGGCCAGCGUCUCCUGGAGAAAGAGGUUCUGGACAAGGGGGACAUGUUGGAGCUGCUGGGCGCUCGGCCAUUUGAGGAGAAGUCAACAUAUGAGGAGUUUGUGGAGGGGACUGGGAGCUUUGAGGAGGACACAAGCUUGCCGGAGGGCCUCCGAGACUGGAACCAGGACAGAGGAGGGAAUGCCGAAGAGACAGGCCCGGCUCAGGAGAAACCACAGGUCGCGUAGAGCAGGAAGCCAGUUUUCAUCCCAGCUGAAAAAACUCAACUCGGUGUGGAUUUACAUUUACAGAGCCUGGGAGGUGAUUAUUUCAAUAAAUGAGUACGUUUAAAGGUUCAGUGUGUAGAAUUUUGUGACAUCUAGUAGAUAGGACCCGUUCCCAAUGUUAAUAUAAAGUAUUUAAAUAUAAGCGACUCAUUCAAAGGUAAAGACAACUAUAAUUAGUACAAUUUAGAUGAUUACACAAUAAUGAAAACACAGGAUUAUUUUACAUAUAAUUUCUGCCAAUAAUUUCCAUUCACUUAAAUCAUACACACUGAACCUUUUUUAAUGAUUCAAACCCUCAAAUGAACAACUCUAAUCCCUGACAGCAGCAAGUUCACAGCUUCAUCCAGUGUAUCCCCUCAACAGAGUUAUAUUUUUUUCCUAAUAAAAAUGAAGGAACAAGGCAAACAAGAAAAUGACAUAUUUCAUUAUUGGACAUGGAUUUGCUCCAGAAUGCCUCAACACACCCAUCAAACAUGAGACCAACCACGAUCAGAUUUUAAUCUUUCUGAAUGGACUGUAAAUGAGUCAUAUUUACAGCGUGAUAACAGACUGAUUAUAUCUUUUUAUUUAUUUCAUAAAGUUCUGCUCUCUGACUGACGUCUGCCUUCCUUAUAAUGAGAGGAGCUCAAGUUCAACCUUUCUGCAGCUAAUUUAAAUUUCCUUUCUACAGGUCACAAUAUCUUGCGGAUUGAUUUGACGUUUUUAUUUAUUUUUUUGUUUCCUGCAGUUGUAUUUGCAACAUUUAAAAGUUGGUGCAGAUGUUUUCCUGUGUUAACUCCUAUCACUGAUAUGUUUCAGGGCACAGGUCAGUUUGGAUGUAUUUUCUACAGAAACACCUCAAUGCUGUAAAAUGAUGUGUAAAUGUUUGUAUGAAUUCUGUGUGAUAAUACCUCGACAGGAAGCGGCUGCAAACAUCAGCCCAGUGAAUAACAGCUUUCAUUUUUCAGUGCUUGCCGAAGAAUUUCUGCUGGAACAUUUACUGUUGAAACAAAAAUCCCCCGAAAACAUUGAUCACAAAAUCUGUUUCUAACAUCGUCAGGCAUAGUGACGGCUUCAUCUUCAACAUGGAUUUCUCAAUCAGAGUAUUUGUAUUAGUUUUUUGUGUUUUUAAAACAUUUCCCAUGAAGAGAAGAUAACCAAUUACACUUCUCUUCUCAGCCUGUUGUAUUCCUCUGUUCUCCAGAGGAAAUUCUAAAUACUGCAUUUAGUAACUAAAGCCUUUUAAGUUUCUCUUAAGUGUGUACAGAAAUGUAAAACUGAGUUAUCACUUGUUAUACGUAAAAACAUCCUCAUCAUUUUCUGAUCUAAAGCAAUUAAAAUAAAAAAACGUAUUGCACAGUUUUGACUGGAUUGGAUCUAAAUGCAGCCACUUGGUUUCAUCUGAAGAUUUAAGAAGAAUAUUACAGGAGGACAAAUCCACAUGACCAAUAUUGCCAUGAUGUUUAACAAAAUUUAAGUCGUUAAAAUUUAAUUUUUAACAGACUUUAUGAGGCCCUUCCUUUACACAAGGGAGGAAAUUACACAAAGGUUUGCGUGAACUUCUGCUAAAAUCUUUCAGUAGCAGGACUUAUCAAAAGGCAUUCUGGGAAGUGGAGGAAAUAUUUGUCUGAGGUAGAAGUUACUGAGAUCAAGGCCCACGGCAUAAGUAUUAUCAAUAAAAGUUACCAUAGAGGGAUUUUUUUCUCCUGAAUGUAUUGUCAUCUUUGUCAUUACUACACCUCUCCAGCAGGGGGUGACCUCACUGUUUAUCUGCAGGAGGGCGUGACUGACACGUGAACAUUCUGACAUUAAACAGCUGCUUUGUCUUGUUUUAAUGAGUGAAUUGUUUUAAUGACUAAUCAAGAUUCCAAGAGUCUGAAUUAGUCACACCCUUUCGUGUAUGAAUGAUGUUAAAGAGCUGAGAUCUGUGAUUAGUAGAGUAACUUAUGUGAACUUAGUCAAAACAAAAUGACUGUGUUGAAAUAAAUUCCUUUGUUAUAUUUAA